GAAGGUUUGAGAGGUGGUUCCCUAAUCCACGCAAAAAGAUUAGUAUAAUACCAGUACCUUACAAAGUAAAAUAGAAAUAUGCCAAACAACUCUUUCCUCCAUUUCUCUAUUCACAUAAAUCUCCAUUAACAAUCAAUCAUAUUACCCUUUUUUUAAAGCUUUCUUGAAAUUCUCUUUUCUCUCUCUCACCUAAUUUACUUGUCUUAGCUUACCGACAGACAGAAUACAAUCAGUGGGUAUCCAUUUUGAUCUGAAUCUUGAAAUUGCUUUCUGGGUAUUGCAGAUUCUACCCCUAUCUUUUGUUGAUAAUAUUCUUCUAUUCUCUGCCAGGUCUUGCAAAUGUUUGCAACUAAUGAGGGGGAUUCUGUUGAUAUCUCCAGCUUCGUUGUGACCCAAUUUAUGGCCUUCAGUAAGAGGACUAGACUCUUCCCAAUGAUGGCCGAGCUACUCUGGAUAGAGCUAUCAAGUUGAUGGUGCUAACAUAUGAGAGUCUCCUUUCGGUAAUUGCAGGAUUGAGGCCUACAAUUUCAAAUUUUCAGUUGUCUUCCUCCUGAUAUUAUAUAUGGGCUGAGGUGUUCGUUUCAUGGGAGCUGCAGAGGAUGAUGAACCACCAUCAAAACGUGUGAAGUUCUCCUCCGGACAAUUGAUAGAAAUUUCAGACAGGACAUUUUUUAGAAAUCCUUCAAGUUGUUCAUUUAGUGACUUGAUGGCUCGACCCCUGGCUCUUCAAGGGGACGAUGAGGUUGUUGGUACAAAAGGAGUUGUCAAGAAAGUUGAACUUGUUCGGAUUAUAACUGAGGCAUUAUAUUCUCUUGGUUACAAAAAGACAGGGGCCUGUCUAGAGGAAGAGUCAGGUUUACCGUUGCACUCUUCUGUCGUAAAUUUUUUUAUGCAGCAAAUUCUUGAUGGUAAAUGGGAUGAAAGUGUAAGCACAUUGCGAAAGAUUGGUCUGGUGGAUGAAAAAAUUGUAAAGUUGGCAUCUUUUGUGAUAUUGGAGCAGAAGUUUUUAGAACUGUUGGACAAAGAAAAAGUUAUCGAUGCCCUGAAGACACUGAGGGAUGAGAUUUCACCUCUUUGCAUAAACAUUGAUAGGGUCCAUCAUCUUUCUUCAUGCAUUAUAUCACCUUCUCAGCGGGCUCUUACUGGGGUAUCAGGUCAAGCUAUAGUGAAAGUAAAGUCACGUUCAAAGCUUCUAGAGGAACUGCAAAGAUUGCUUCCCCCAACUGUUAUGGUUCCAGAAAAGAGAUUGGUACAUCUUGUUGAACAGGCUAUUGACUUGCAACUAGAUGCUUGUAGAUUUCACAACUCUGUGGUAAGUGAAAUGUCACUGCUCACUGAUCAUCAGUGCGGAAGGGAUCAAAUUCCAUCCCUAACAAUGCAGAUAUUACGUGAACACAAGGAUGAAGUCUGGUUCUUGCAGUUUUCCCAUAAUGGAAAGUACUUAGCCUCGUCAUCUCGUGAUGGUUCAGUAAUUAUAUGGGAGGUCAAAUUGGAUGGCAGUGUCUGCUUGAAGCACCUAUUUUCUGAUCACGAGAAAUCUGUCUCCUAUAUAUCAUGGAGUCCUGAUGACCAUCAGCUUCUCACUUGUGGUGUGGAGGAAGUUGUCAGACGAUGGGAUGUCGAAUCCGGUCAAUGUAUACGUGUUUAUGUGAAAAAUGGCCUUGGUUUGAUCUCGUGUGGAUGGGCUCCUGAUGGCCAAAGGAUAUUCUGUGGUGCAACUGACAAAAGCAUUAGCAUGUGGGAUUUGGAAGGGAAAGAGCUCGAGUGUUGGAAAGGUCACAGGACUAUUAGAAUAUCGGACUUGGGGAUAACAAGUGAUGGGAAGCACGUUGUCUCUGUUUGUAAAGAGAAUAUGAUAGUAUUGUUUGGAUGGGAAUCAAAAGCAGAGAAAGUAAUUCAGGAGGAUCAAUCAAUAACCUCGUUUGUACUGUCCAUGGACAAAAAGUAUGUAUUGGUUAGCCUUUCGAACCAAGAAAUUCAUCUUUGGAAUAUAGAGGGAACUGUAAAGCUCGUAGCCAAAUAUAAGGGGCAUAAACGUUCUCGCUUCGUUGUGAGGUCUUGCCUCGGAGGACUAGAUCAAGCUUUUAUUGCCAGUGGAAGCGAGGACUCACAGGUUUAUAUAUGGCACAGAGGCUCAGGUGAACUUGUUGGGAUAUUGGCCGGACAUUCUGGGACAGUGAACUGUGUUAGCUGGAACCCAGGAAAUCCUCAUAUGCUGGCUUCUGCAAGUGAUGAUCAUACAAUUCGUAUAUGGGGUUUGGAUCGAGUAAACAUGAGGCAACAUGGCACUAGUAAUGGUGUGAACUGCUGCAAUGGGCGAAGUUGAAGUCUCAGAUGCAAAAAGCUCAGUGUGUAAUGUUACAAAUAUCUCUCAGCUCUAUCACUGGUUUCUGUGUAUAUUCUUUACGUUCCAUGUCAAACCAACAUUUAUGACAAACAAGAAUGUGAAAUUUGCAUUCAGUCCAUUUAAUAAAUCGUGUACUUUCUCGA